AUGUGUUCACUAGAUUUUGUGUUAUAUUUUGUUCUGUCUGUUGUUGGGAUUCUAAAAGAUGAAGUGGAUCUGAUGGUGUCUGUGAUGAAAGCUAAGAAGGGGUCGUCUGCUGACAUUGGAGGUUUAGAAGCUCAGUUUCAGGAGAUUAAAGAAGCUGUUGAGUUGCCUCUAACUCAUCCUGAGUUGUAUGAAGAUAUUGGUAUUAAACCGCUCAACGGUGUGAUUUUGUAUGGUGAGCCAGGAACUGGGAAGACACUGCUUGCUAUGGCGGUGGCUAACUCUACAUCAACUACUUUCUUGAGAGUUGUUGGUAGUGAACUGAUUCAGAAAUAUUUGGGAGAUGGUCCCACGCUUAUUCCUGAAAAGUACAAUCCGGCCACUUGGAUGCUUGAAGCUAGCUCCCUUGCCGCCGAGUUGAAACUUGGAGUUGACUUUGCUGAGCUAUACAACAACUCUUCUUUAUGCCACAGUGUUCAACAGUGCAACCAAUGGUUGCAGUGGAGCGUACUGUGUUUUAACGAGAGAAAGCAGCAGGGGAUGUAUUCAGCAAUACCUUACGCCAUCUCUCAAGUGACUUGUGAGAUACCAUAUGUCUUUGUUCAGACCAAGUACUAUUCACUUAUCGUCUACACGGUGGUUGGAUUCGAGUGGAAAGCUUCAAGUUCUUAUGGCUCCUCUUCAUUAACUACUUCUCAUUCCUCUACUGGACUUACUAUGGCAUGA